UUGAAGUGUACGUGUUUGUAAAACGACAGUUUUCAAUGACACGCAGUUUUGAAUUUUAACGAGCUUGUGAAAUCAAAGUUUUUAAUGACACGCAGUUUUAAAGUGUAACGAGCUUGUGGAUUUACAGUUUUCAAUGACACGCAUAUUUAAGGUGUACGAGCUUCUGAAAUUACAGUUUUUAAAGUAAACUGUGUCUCUAAAAUUAUUUAAUUUUCUAAUGGGAGAAUAUACAAAAAAUUUAAGAAACCGUGGCAGUAUGACUGACGAAGAUUUCUUGGUUGUUCUUGACAAGCGAUUUUCGUUAAGGAUUGAAUGAAGCUGUGGAGAAUACAUUUGACUUUUCUGUGAUUCUUAUGGAAAGCUAAGUUUGAUCGUUGCUGUAGAUAUUAAGAGUGGAGUAUUCGGUUGUGUGUAAAUAUGAAAAAGCAAUUUGUGAUCGUGCUGGUGCUAUUGGUGUCUGGAAUAAUAGCUAAACCCACAGGCGACAAAGAGAAAGAAGAAAAAGGAAAAGAAGAUAAAGUAAAAGACGAAAAAGGAAAAGAAGUGAAACAAAAAGAAGAGAAGGGAAAAGAAGAGAAAGGCAAAGAAGGAGGAGAGGAAGAGGAGGAGGUCCCGAACCAGGAGCACGGCCCUAAGUUGCCCCACGAGGAGCUGCACGGAGUUCUGAUGCACGGGGACAACGCGACCGGCGGAGACCACGCACACGAGCACGAGCAGCUGCUAAAAAAAGUACCCAACCAGAAACACGGACCGCAGGCGCCACAUGACGAUAAACUGAAAGCCUCGCACGUAGAGCACGGGGAGCACCACGAGCACGGCCCGAAAGACCCGAUGAAGGAUCUGCACGGGGUUCUCAUGCACGGGGACACGGAGCACGGGAUCGAGCACGAGGAACAUGUAGAAGAGCACCCACACGGAGAAAUCAAAGUGUUUGCUCAUGAGACGGUAGGUGAUGGUGUUACUGUGCAGCUCGACGAGGAACAGAUGGUUCAAGCGGGAAAGAUUGGAACCGUGGACGAGGAAGAAUUGGUCCAUGGCAAGCACGGAGUUCAUAAACAUUCAGAGGGUCAUCAAAACCAAAAGGAGGCAGCGAAGAGCAUAGGACCCUUCGCUCUGGAUGAGGAUAUUCUGCAUCAGAUCAUGCACGACGGAAAGAUCGACAGCCACACGGACGAAGAACUCAGAACGGCGAAGAAGAUUGGAUACGAAGAAUUACAAUAUUUAAAUCUGGGUGAUGAGCUCUUAAGUCAAAUAGACUUGAAGAAAUUGUUGAACAAAAACAAACAGGAAUACAAAAACUUCCAGGAGCACUUGCACACCACCAAGGACAAAACAAAAAAAGUGAAAAAAGAUGGAGACCACAAGCACUGGUCUCUGUGGGAACAGGUCAGUCAAAUCAAACUGCAAUUUGGAAUUGGUUCCGAUGGUGGCAGCACGGAGGACAAAGAUCCGCAUAAGGCUGAGUGGGAUAACGUUGUACUGAGGCGAUCAGGUGGUGAGGAUGAGGUUGCCUUCAAGAUGGAGCUUGCCGCCAACUCAGGACCUAUUUACUCCCGGAAGAAGAAGGUGCUGCAUGAUGAACAGUGAAUAAAAAAAUAUCUUGAUUUAUGUAACCUGUGCUCAGUCUUCAAGGGUGCUAUUCUGUAUUAAAUAUGUAUCCAUACAUAAGAAAGAGUCAUUACAGAAUUGGACCCUUGGCUUGAGAAGAUUCCUGUGACUAUGUUAACAAUGACUAAAUGUGCGUCAAACGUAGUCUUAAAAUGUUACAGUCUGAACCAAAUGCUUAGAUUAAAGGUUUAGGAGACAC